AUGUCUCUGAAGAAAGAAUCCCGUACAGACGUACAGUUCCAUCUGGCGGCACUAAGAGGCGAUUGUGAUAGACUUCGUCAGCUGCUCGACACGGGGAAAGUUCACAUCGACUCCAGGGAUAGGGAUGGCACAACGCCUUUGAUCCUGUCGGCUGCGAUGGGGCACACGGAGUGCGUGCGGGAGCUGUUAGCGCAGGGAGCUGACCCCGCCUGCUGCAGGACGACAGGAACAAGUGCACUAUUCUUCGCAGCUCAGGGCGGUUUUUUAGACAUAGCGACACUACUGCUCGACGCAGGCGCAGAUAUCGAUGCGCCCAGUAUGGACGGCGGCACACCACUGUUCGUGGCGUGCCAGUGCGGACAUCUGCCGGUUGUCGAAGAACUUAUACGUAGAGGCGCCAAUGUCAACUCUUCUAUGAAGGACAAGGCGAGCCCGCUGUUCAUCGCGGCGCAGAACGGGCACGAGGAGGUUUGUCGCGCGCUCGUGCGGGCGGGCGCGCGGGUGGACGCGCCGCGCCUCGACCGCGCGACGCCGCUCUGGAUCGCCGCGCAGUGCGGACACCAGCACGUCGCGCGCCUGCUGCUCGCCAGCGGCGCAUACGUCGACCACGUGCGACAGGACGGAGCGACGCCUCUAUUUAAGGCGGCACACAAGGGACACGCUGCUGUCGUCGCGGAACUGCUCAAAUAUAAACCGAAUCUGGGAUUACUGCCGAACGGUCAGUCGGCGCUGCACGGCGCGGCGAUGUUCGGUCAGUUGUCGUGCGUGCGUCUGCUGGCGCGGCGCUCGUCGCUGCGCCUGCGCAAUAGCGCCGGCCUCACGCCCGCGCAGGGCGCCGCCGCCGCGCGCAAGGCCGACGUGCUCGCCUACCUGCGCCGCCUGCACGACGCGCCCCCCGCCCCGCCCCCCGACCCGCCGCGCGACUCCCCCCGCGACCUGCCGCCUCACUGA